AUGGACAACUUGGGUUCUGUGUAUAUAUAUAAUUUUCCAUGUUCUGUACGUUUCGAAGAAGAAAUGCCUUCUAGCGAACUAUAUGUCGGAAAUUUAGAUCCUAAUACAACUACACAAGAAUUAAAAGAAAUAUUUGGAAGAUACGGUGGAGUUGUACGAUGUGAUGUUAAAUUCGGUGGGUCUGCCUAUUCAGCUGCGUUUGGAUUUGUUGGUUUUGAUUUCAGCGAUGAUGCCGAGCGUGCUCAACGCAAAGAGCAUGGACGAAGUCACCGUGGUCGACGUUUAAUUGUUGAAUUUGCUAAAACAACACCUGGUCAAGGACGACGAGGAAGAUUUACAGGCAGCGAUAAUAGAAUUCGUGAUCGCUCAAGGUCUCGAGAACGUGAUGAUGAUAAUUCAAGAGGAGGAUACAAAAGAAGACGCUCACCAUCGUAUAGUCGACGUUCCAGAGAUCGUGAUAACGACCGUGAUCGAGAUCAUGAUUCAGAUAGAGAUUCAGAUCGCAAUCAACGUACUAACAAUACAAACUCAUCCCGUUCAAAUCGUGGUGGUACAAAUCGUUCACGUUCGAGAGACAGAAGUGAUAAAGAUCGUUCUCGAUCAAGAGAUAGACGAGGAAAUAAUCGAUCAUCACGUAGUUCAUCACGUCGAUAA